GGCUCAUUGAUUGGCUCAGUGUUCAGUUCCUCCUGAGGAAAUCACUCCUUUUAUAGUUAACGGAGCGCCGAGCCGCUGUUUUCCGGGUUCACACUCGCUCAGCAUGUAGAGGAGGCGGACCGCCGGGAGACACCUGGACCACCGCGGACACACCGGAGCCCGGACACACGGCAUCGAUCCGCACGUAUCGAUCAGCUAUCAGAGAAGCAUGGGGAACCUGAUCAAAGUGUUGACCAGAGACAUCGACAACAAUGGAGGAAACUUCUUCCUGGACUUUGAGAACGCUCAGCCCUCACAGUCGGAGACGGCGGUGUGGGAGAAGGUGAACCAGGUGCUGACGGAGGCUCGGGUCAUCCUGGACGACCUGCAGGCGUACAGAGGAGCAGGAGAGGAGAUACGACAGGCCAUCCAGAAUCCCUCAGUGGAGGGGGUCCAGGAGAAGGCCUGGUCCGCUGUGGUUCCUCUGGUCACUAAACUCAAAACCUUCUACGAGUUCUCCCAGAAGCUCGAGUCCAGUCUGCAGUGUCUUCUGGACGUCCUCACCAGCUCCGGGUCGACUCCCACUCAGCACCUGGAGCAGAAACAGGCUCUGGCUCGUCAGUUCGCCCACAUCCUGCACUUCACGCUGCGCUUCGACGAGCUCAAGAUGACCAACCCGGCCAUCCAGAACGACUUCAGCUACUACCGCCGAACCAUCAGCCGCAUGAGGAUCAACAACCUGUCUGCUGACACAGGGAGCGAGGUCAACAACGAGCUGGCCAAUCGGAUGUCUCUGUUUUACGCCAGCGCCACGCCGAUGCUGAAGACGCUGAGUGACGCCACGUCAAAGUUCGUCUCAGACAAUCCAGACGUCCCGAUCGAAAACACGACGGACUGUCUGAGUACGAUGGCCAGUGUGUGUAAAGUGAUGCUGGAAACACCGGAGUACCGCAGUCGUUUCACCAGUGAGGAGACGGUGUUGUUCUGCCUCCGUGUGAUGGUCGGCGUCAUCAUCCUGUACGACCACGUUCACCCGGCUGGAGCCUUCGUUAAGACCUCCAACAUAGACAUGAAAGGCUGCAUCAGACUGCUGAAGGAGCAGCCGCCCAGCAGUGUGGAGGGACUACUCAACGCUCUCAGGUAUACGACCAAACAUCUGAACGAUGAGACUACCUCCAAGCAAAUCAAAAACAUGUUGCAGUCAAAUUAACUCCACGCUUGUUUUUUUUUUUUUUUUUGUGGUGUUUUGGUCCAAAUUUCAAAAGAACUACUGAACAAACCUUUAGCUAAUAUUCCUUUGUUUAACCUCAUGUGUUGUUUUUUAUUUCUCAAUUGAAAAAAAAUGCUGUUUUUGUUGUUGUAAAAAAAAAGAAGAGAAAAAGAGAGAGAAUCCUUUUAGCUGGAUGUUCCCAGGAAAGAUGAGCUGCGUUCACAUCACGUCAGAUUAACAACACACACACUCUGUUAAACAGGAGACUGAACUAAAUUGAAUGAACUAAAACUGGAUCUGAAGCUGCAGAUUAUUCAGAGAUUCAUUCAGGUUGUGGUGUUGUGUUCACUGGUCCUGCUGCAGCUGGGUCUGUUUGAUUUAAAGAUUUAAAGAUGGCGUCUGUUGGUCUGAUGUGAGCUGUGAACGCAGCUCAGUUUGUUACAGUUUGUUGUUCACGUCGUCUCUUCAGCUCCUUUUCCACCAAAAGAGCCUUUUUCAAAAACCCAGGAACUUUUCCCUCGGCUCCUAGGCUGCAGCUUCUACCUCAGACAAAGUCUCUGUGGCCGAGGUCGUAGUUUUCAGUCGACCUCCAGGACUGAGCAUCAAUCAGCCACAAUCUCCAGGGAAAACUACAGUUGAUUAAAACUAGAGUUUCAUUUCUCCUUCAGUCAUCAGGGCAUCAAACACCAGCAAUCCUGAACGUCACCUUGUGAUCUGACCUGCAGGAAAACAGACGUACUCUCAGACGCUGUAGAUCCUGAACUCUGGAAUCAGGAGAGAAAUGUGACUCUGCACAGUCAAAAGCAACCACAGCUGAUACGAAUCAAGCAAACCUUCAGUUCUACAUCCACACAAACGAAUCUGAACGACCUGAGUGCUCGUUGAUCUGCAGCAGAGGCUGUUUUUAGCCUUUAGGUUACAGAUGAGCUGCUGUUAAAAUGAGUAAAUGAGAGACUUUCUGAAAGUUUAGACCUCGGUCAUUUGUUGUUUUAGUUCCUAACCUCUGCGUUCAGCUUUGAACAGCGGUUCCUGGGUGUUUGAAGUUUCAGAUUCUUUGGUGGAGAAGGGUCAAAGUUUAGAGGCCGGUCUGUUUGGAUGUUGGUUUCACUGACAUCUGGUAAAAAUCAAACAGGGACAUUUCAGACUGAUAUUUGUGGGUUGACCCGGUGACUGUGUGAGGAGGAGGGACUGAGCUAACAGAAGGAGAACCACUGUGACGAGGACGGUACUGAAACGAGGGAAACCUCAGACUGAUGUGAUUUUCUUGAUGUUUGAACUGAUGUGAGAUCAGUGGGACUGCUGACUGGAAACUUUUACAAGCUUUUGAUUUUGCCUUGUAUGUUCACGCUGCAGUGCCACGGACUGGAUGGCAUUAACUGUUUUUAAUGAUUUAUGUGUUGGCCAAAUAAAGUUUUUACAUUUUUCAGAAA